GCGCUAACGACACCGAUAGAAAUGAGAACAUUUUUAGUAACGUCGUAGGCGUUCGUUUAUCUCCUUUCCCGUGCGCGCUCAAACACCCCAUACGAUCCGCGAAAUUGGCGCGCUCGAGAGGUCAGUGGGGCGCGCGUAUUUCUCCGGUGCUCGCUCGCUCGAAGAAAAUGGUGGCUGGGAAUCCAGAAGAAGAGAAGAGAGAGGAAAGAAGAAUGGAAGAGGGAGAGAAGUAUCGUUCUUGAUCACUGGAUCAACCCUAGAGUUGAAAAGAAGGCGAUAUGGGGUUUCUUCAGGACCUCUUCUUUGGUGGGGAGAAGGACGCGGAGAUGGAGGACGAGACCGUUCCCAAUCCCAUCCCUCUCCUCUCUUCCAUUGCCAACUCCGUCGUCUAUCGCUGCUCCCGGAUUCUUCUUCUUCCAAUGGAACAGUUGCAGCAGCAUUUUGAGGCUGACUUACCCGACCAUGUUAAGCAACCUUCAUUAUAUGCUAGAAAUCUUGUAGAAUACUGUUCUUUCAAAGCUCUCCAUGUGGACACUAAGCGUCCAGAUCAUCUGGCUGAUAAGGACUUUUGCCGUUUAACUUACGACAUGAUGCUUGCAUGGGAAGUCCCUGAUAAAGAGAGUGAAUCCUUACCCAAAGAAACUGCUUUUGGUAACGAUCCAAAAGUAGAGGAUGAUGAUAGGGUAUCAUUAUUUUAUGAAAGCGUUACAAGAAUGGCCAGUCAGGUUGAUGGCAAGAAGACUGUCGGACUGGAAGCUUUUGCCCGUAUUGCUCCUGCCUGCCCUGCUUUGGCUGAUCCAAUCACUGUUCACAACCUGUUUGAUGCACUUACAAUGUCAAGUGGCCGACUUCAUUUUCUUAUAUAUGACAAGUACCUCAAAAGCCUCGACAAGGUGUUGAAGUCUGCAAAAUGUAUGUCAGGACCCCCACAUGCUUCUAGCCUUCAACUUGCCGAUGGGGAAAUUAUCUUAGAUGUUGAUGGUGUCAUGCCCACUAAACCUGUUCUGCAACACAUUGGAAUGUCCACAUGGCCUGGACGGUUGACACUUACCACCCAUGCUCUUUACUUUGAGUCUUUAGGGGUUGGGUCAUAUAGCAAAGCUGUUAGAUAUGACCUGGCCAAGGAUUUGAAGCAGAUGAUAAAGCGUGAAUUGACUGGGCCAUGGGGUGCUCGUCUCUUUGAUAAUGCUGUGAUGUAUAAGUCAAACUCACUUGCAGAGCCCAUUUUUUUAGAGUUCCCUCAAAUUAAAGGUCAUGCACGCAGAGAUUACUGGUUUGCGAUCAUUCGGGAAGUCUUGCAUGUCCACAAAUUCAUUAGGAAGUUCAAUCUCAAAAAGUUUCAGCAUGCAGAAGCUCUUUCGAAGGCUACUUUAGGCAUCUUCCGCUAUCGCGCUGUGAAAGAGGCAUUCCAUAUCAUACCCUCGCACUUUAAGACUAUACUUGCUUUCAACUUGUCUGAAAAACUUCCGAAAGGGGACAAAAUCUUGAAAGCUUUAUAUAAACACUUGGAGCUUCUGCAUGGCAGAUUUCUGCACCAUGAUGCUGGUCAUGAUGUUGUUGAGACUUCAUCUGAUGAAAAGCCACAGACUGGUUCUUUUCCAGUUUCUUUAUGUACACUUACUAGAAUGGGCAUACUACUGCACAAAGAAGAUCAUCCUGAAGAAAGAUACUUUUUAGAUGGAGAUGUGCAUGUUGGUGAGACAAGUUCACUGCAAAAGGCCAUAAAAGAAUCAGUUUGUUACUCUGGCAGAGUUGAGGCAGCACGUGCAACAUUGGAUCAAGUUACAAUCGAAGAUAUUGAUACAAACGUAGCUGUAGUGAAGGAACUAACCUUGCCUUUGGUUGAAUUAGGGAAACGGCUCCUGUUUUUAGCAGAAUGGGAAGAUCCUCUUAAAUCAACGGUGUUUUUGAUGUUGAUCCUCUAUGUUGUCUACAGGGGUUGGGUCAGGUACAUCUUGCCUUGCACUUUCUUAUCUCUGGCUACUUUCAUGCUCUGCCACAAGCAUCAAAACAAAGCGAAACCACUGGAAGCCUUUCAAAUCACUCCUCCUCCUAAUAGGAAUCCUGUUGAGCAGCUUGUGACAUUACAAGAAGUCGUUUCUCAGCUAGAAACAAAUGUUCAAGCAGCAGUUAUUACUCUUCUUAAAAUAAGAGGCAUCCUGUAUUCAGCUUUUCCACAGACUACAAACAAAGUUGCAAUCACUUUGAUCACCGCUGCAGUACUGUUUGCCUUCGUGCCUUUUAAACAUAUUGUCUUGUUGGUGCUUCUUGAGGCAUACACAAGGGAGAUGCCAUUGAGGAAAAAUAGCAGUGAGAAGUUGAAAAGGAGAAUAAGGGAGUGGUGGGUCCGCAUUCCAGCAGCCCCGGUUCAGGUUGUCAGAACCAAAGAGCACAAAAAAUUGAAAACUGCAUCUAGCUUGAAGCAUCCGCUUCAAAAAGAUGGUGAUCCAAAUAGGACCUGUCGGCCUUCAUUGAGAGGAUGAAGCGGAACAAAUACAACCCAGGUUACCUCGUUACAGGAGAUAUUAAGAGAGAGAAGGGGAGGACUUUCUCUCCAGCCAUGUCUUACACAUCAUGCACACUAUUCAUGAAGUGAAGGUGAACCAGGAGCGGUUCAGGGGGGUGUUAAUGUGCUUGAAUUUGGUAGCUUUGCCUCUGUUCAUCUCUGGAUCUUCUGUGAUUUUUUUAACUACUUAAAUGUUUGUGGGGCACAUCUUAGUCUCUAAACGUCUAGAUGUUGAUAAUAAUGCUUGACGUCUGAAGGUACCAAGUACAAGUAUGGAGGAACAAGAAAUUCUCUAACGUGUCAAGGGGUAGAUGUGCAAUUAAAUAAUUUUAUUUUCUGGGUUUCAGAAAACAGUCAGGCUUGACCUACCUUUGCCAUUAAGCAUUAGGAACAGCUACAACCUAACAGCAUUCUGUCGAUGGGUAGAUCGCCAUACUUUUCUUACGAGCGAGCAAGAAAUUCUCUUCAGCUUAAGCCAAAGGAAUUUCCCACAUCUUUGAUGCAAUGGCUUACUAUAAUAGAAUAAUUGUCAGUAAAACUGAGGGGAAAUCCUCCACCACUCAUGAUGAAAGAGGAAGGAA